CUGAAAUUUUCGAGGUGCGCAUUUCUUCAUGAAUCUUCAUCCUUAUUCGAAUUCAGAGUUCAGAUUACAUUACAUUGGGCGUUAUUAAACUCUUGCUCUAGGAUGGUGAUCGCUUCUGCACUUGGGGCUAAUCAUAUUGGAAUGGCUUCUCUUCCUCAUUCGAAUCGACCAUUUCACGUUCGUUACAACACAGCCAGAUUCAACAAGGCCAACAUCUUUCAGGGACUGCCCACAAGGAUUUCCAGAAGGAGUGGACAUCUCUAUGCUGAUCGAAUGGGCUUUAACCAUGCUGCAUCUGGAAGAGAUAAUCAGCAACUGAGGUUUAAUGAUGAAUUGCCUCCUGAACCCUUCUUCUUGGGUAUAAUUAAAGAAACCGUUUGGGGAUUGAGAUCAUUGUUCAUAUUUCUGGCCGAGCAGCCCAGUCAACUGAAGUACAUUGAGUGGCCUAGCUUCCAAAGCACGCUAAAGACUGCUACAUUUGCUCUUGUCCUCGUUGCACUGUUGAUUGUAGCACUCUCAUCAGUGGACUCGGUGCUCAGCUACAUUUUAACUUUCAUUCUCAGAAGGACCUCAUAAUGAAUUCUGGUACUUCUCACUUCUUGUUACAAAAUACUCUCAGAAGCUAAACUUUUCUUUGCUGUUUUUAAAUCGCUGGUUGAGAAUGAGCGUUCUUGGUGUA